GUUUGGGGUCCUCACCGGAGGCUCGGCGCCAGUCUCCCGGCUGCAGCUGCUCGAGUGAAGAGGCGAGAAACUCUGUGAAAUAGCGGUAGAGACAGGUCGCUCCGGGACUUCGGACCCUCAGACGCGCAGAGAUGAAUCUGGAGCUGCUCGAAUCGUUCGGGCAGAACUACCCAGAGGAGGCAGAUGGCACCCUGGACUGCAUCAGCAUGGCGCUCACCUGCACCUUCAACCGCUGGGGGACUCUGCUGGCCGUCGGCUGCAACGACGGUCGCAUUGUCAUCUGGGACUUCCUGACGCGAGGCAUCGCCAAAAUCAUCAGCGCUCACAUCCACCCGGUCUGCUCUCUGUGCUGGAGUCGAGACGGACACAAGCUGGUCAGCGCCUCCACAGACAACAUCGUGUCCCAGUGGGACGUCCUGACCGGAGACUGCGACCAGCGGUUCCGCUUCCCGUCGCCCAUCCUGAAGCUGCAGUACCACCCCAGAGACAUGGACAAGGUGCUGGUUUGUCCCAUGAAGUCGGCCCCGGUUCUGCUGACACUGUCGGACUCCAAACACGUGGUCCUGCCGGUGGACGACGACUCGGACCUGAACGUGGUGGCGGCCUUCGACCGGCGGGGCGAGUACAUCUACACCGGCAACGCCAAGGGAAAGAUUCUGGUGCUGAACACGAACACUCAGGAGCUGGUGGCUUCGUUCAGAGUCACAACGGGAACCAGCAACACCACCGCCAUCAAGUCCAUCGAAUUCGCACGCAAAGGGAGCUGCUUCCUCAUCAACACAGCAGAUCGGAUCAUCAGGGUUUACGACGGCAGAGAGAUUCUGACCUGCGGGCGGGACGGUGAGCCAGAACCAAUGCAGAAACUACAGGACCUGGUCAACAGGACUCCGUGGAAGCGGUGCUGCUUCUCCGGAGACGGCGAGUACAUCGUGGCCGGCUCGGCCCGGCAGCACGCCCUCUACAUCUGGGAGAAGAGCAUCGGCAACCUGGUGAAGAUCCUGCACGGGACCAGAGGAGAGCUGCUGCUCGAUGUCGCUUGGCAUCCGGUCCGUCCCAUCAUCGCCUCCAUCUCCAGCGGAGUCGUGUCCAUCUGGGCUCAGAACCAAGUGGAAAACUGGAGCGCCUUUGCUCCAGACUUCAAAGAGCUGGACGAGAACGUCGAGUACGAAGAGCGAGAAUCUGAGUUCGACAUCGAGGACGAAGACAAGAGUGAACCCGAGCAGACAGGUGCCGACGCUGCGGAGGACGAAGAGGUCGACGUUACCACCGUUGAUCCUAUCGUGGCUUUCUGCAGCAGCGACGAGGAGCUGGAGGACUACAAGGCCCUGCUGUACCUGCCCAUCGCUCCCGAGGUCGAGGAUCCGGAGGAAAACCCCUUCGGACCGCCGCCGGACGCCUCGGUUCCGGCUGCCGCUCCAGACGAGGCGCUGGCCGGCAGCGACAAGAAGCAGCGACAGCCUUCGUCUGAGGGAGGUCCGGCCAAGAAGAAGGCUCGGACCACCACCAUCGAGCUGCAGGGGGUUCCCAGUGACGAGGUUCACCCCCUGCUGGGCGUCAAAGGCGACGGCAAGUCGAAGAAGAAGACCGCCGGCCGGCCCAAAGGCUCCAAAGGUAAAGACAAAGACUUCCCCUUCAGGCCCAAGCCCUACAGGGGCGACCGGCCCUCCUUCCCGGUGGUGCCCGAGGUUCUGGGCGGCUCAGGCCCAGGAGGAGGAGGAGGAGGAGGGAUGAAGGGCAGGGCAGAGGGGGCCCUGGCCUCAGGUAAGCCCACCACCACCACCUCCGGCCCUGCUGCUGCUGCUGCUGCUGCUGCUGCCGCCCUGUAGUCUGACUCUUCCCAGCCCGGCUGCCUCCAAACCUCCCUGUGCUGCUUCCACCUCCAGCCGACCGUCCUGAGCCACAGCAGGGUCAGAACCAGAGCCAGAGCCAGAACCAGAGCCACAGGUUCACCGACAAACAUCCUGAACUGUACCAUCAGGCGAGGAAAGUUCUGAUCAUUGACCUUCUGAAACCUGCAGGAAGCUCAGAAAGGCUCUUUAUCUCCAAUAUUCAUCAGUCCUUCACAUUAAAAGCGUUUAGAAUCUAAACAGCUGAACAGAACGUUUCAGAAUCAAAGCUUUACAGGACAACACAGGUCACACGUAAUAAAGCUUCAUUCAGACAUAAGUAAGAUUCCAAACUGCAGUAUGACCAGAUCCAAUAGUCCAGCAAACACCAGACGUCCUUCAGAGGAUCAUCUCAGUGAGCGUCUCUCCACACCGACAGACGUUCUGUCUUCUUCUGAGUUAGUUGUUGGACCACAUGGAAUCAGAACCUCAUCAUUGUUCACCAGGUUCUGUGUGUAGAAAAUGGACUUUCUUUUCUGGUUGUUGACAGAAUGUGUGAAGCGAUGGAAACAGAAUGCGUGCAGCAUCUGUGACAUGAACACAAGACGAAAAAAAUCCUUUGAGGCUGACUUUAUCUGAAGUUCAGAUUUAUUUUCUGGACAGAUGAUUAGAUGAUCGAUAACUUUAUUGAUCAUCUGGGGGAGUGUUCCAGCAGCGCUUUACAUUUCAGAUAGCCCACUUUCAAAAUAUAUACUGGAUGAAAAAAUCAUCCAGAAUGAUAUUAAAUAGUUUCAAAGGAGAUUCAGACUCAGAUGAGAUGAACACUGACAGCUUAGGUUUCCUAAAGCUUCAGAGAACUGGAGUGCUCGUCUGGCUGGAAGCAGACACCUGCCCGUCCUGACUCGUCUCUGGUGUAUCCUGUGGAGACCUGCCCCUCCUGACUCGCCUCUGCUGUAUCCUCUGGUGACCUGCAGCUCAG